CUGGUAAUUUAUCCAUUAAUUCAUUCAUCCAUCUUCCAUCCAUCCAUCCAUCAUCCAUCCAUCCAUCCAUCGGUUCAUCCAUCCAUUCAUUCAUCCAUCAUCUAUCCAUUCCUCCAUUCAUCCAUCCAUCCAUCAUCCAUCCAUCCAUCGUCCAUCCAUUCAUCCAUCCGUCCUCCAUCCAUCAAUCCAUCCAUCCAUCAUCUGGUAAUUUAUCCAUUAAUUCAUUCAUCCAUCUUCCAUCCAUUCUUCCAUCCAUCAACCAUCCAUCCAUCAUCUAUCCAUCCAUUCAUCCAUCCAUCCAUCCAUCCAUCCAUCCAUCAUCCAUCUAUCAUCCAUCCAUAA